AAAAGGGCGCGAAGACAAACAAGAUCAGAUUACCUUCGUGACUUCAAGGCUUCAAGUUACACAAAUUUACUCAAGAUGCGCGCGCAGCUGUUGUUCCUGGCGGUGGCGGCCCUGCUGAGCCCGUCCUCGGCGCUCUUCGACCUCCUCAUCAAGAAGCCCGGCAAGGUCUUCGGCGCGGGCGCCUACAAGAACGCUGGCUACACGGGCAGCCCCGGCUACGACGGCUUCUACGGCGCCAGCGGCCACCUGGGCUCUUCGGGCGACCAGGGCGUGCUCGGGGGCGGCGCCUCGGCGGGCAUCUCCUUCGGCGGCAGCGUCGGGGGGAGCAUCGGGGGCGGCUUCGGGAGCGGCUUCGGAGGCGUUGGCAAUGCCUUCGCAGGAACUUCCGGCGGGAACUUCGGCGGCGCCUCUGGCUCGACCUUCGGCGGCGCCUCUGGAGGGAACUUCGGCGGCGCCUCUGGAGGGAACUUCGGCGGUGCCACUGGAGGCAGUUUUGGGGUGGUGUGGAGGUGUUGGAGGCACUUCGGGAGGUUUCGCGAGCGGCGGCGGCGUGGCUGCUGGCUCGGCGGGAAACGUCUUUAACUUCGGCGGGAACGGCGGUG